AUGGAGCGCAACUCGCUCCAAGGCAAAGUCAUUGCCGUGACGGGCGGUGCAUCAGGCAUCGGCCUCGGCAUCGCGCAGAAGUUGAUUCUCCUCAAAGCAAAAGUCGCUGUCGCCGACGUCAGCCCCCGGCCAGCCGAGUUGCAAGACGUGCCAGACCUGAUGUUCACCAAUGUCGAUGUCUCCUCUCGAGAGCAGGUCCAUCGCUGGGUGGAGGAAAUUGUGGCCAAGUUUGGCAGGCUGGACGGGAUGUGCGCCAACGCCGGCAUCUGCCCCUACGAGGGCGGCAUUGUCAGCGACGAGCUGUAUCAGAAGAUCUUUGCCGUCUGCGUCACGGGCGUCUGGAACUGCGGGACCGAGGCGUAUUGGCAGUUCAAGAAGCAAGGAGGUGGUGGCGCAAUUGUCAACACGUCCAGCGGCGCGGGUCUGCGCGCUGUCAAGGGUCUGGCCGUGUACAGCGCCGCGAAGCACGCCGUAAUCGGGCUGACUCGAACUUGGGCGCUGGACUGGGCGUUAGAAGGCAUUCGUGUGAAUUCCCUGGCUCCUGGACUCACAGAAUCUGGCAUGCAACGAGCAACUUUUAAGCAGUUCCCAGAAGUCGCCGAUCGACUGGGCUCCGUCACACCGAUGGGGAGGAUGGGCAAACCGCACGAGCUGGCCGACAGCGUCAUUUUCCUUCUCGGUGACAGCGCAUCGUUCGUCACAGGCCACGUUCUCAGCUGUGAUGGAGGAAGCAUGAGUGGAGCGUGA